AUGAGCAUCACAGAGUGGUCAAAUAACGCGCCAUUCGCCACCGACAGCACCAAAGCCACUGGUCUGCAGCUGUACAACAGUCUGAUUGUGCUGGUUACCAUCUCCGGCCAGAUUCAGCUGAUCAGCAGCCUGAGUGGCCUGUUGUUGUGUGAAAUACACGCGCAUGUCCGCUGUAUUGGGGCAUUCGACAUAGCACCCAAAACUGGACUGCUUGUCACCGUUUCAGAAGACAGUCACCUGAGAGUGUUCAGAAUCGAAGAGACUGAAGGUGAUCAAUGCAAGGUGGAACAUGUGUUUCAAACCAAUGUAACCAAUGAAAUGAUUUGCGGAGUGAAAUUUCUAAAUGCCGCAGGAAGUAAACUGGCGCUUUGCACCUAUGAAUCGUCUCAGAUUAAAGUGUUUGAGCAGUUGUAG